UUGCUCCCUUCGGCUCGACCUAUAGGCGCGUCAAAGUUGCGAGGGGCGGAGUUGGAAGUGCGUACUCGGAGCGCCCUCGCUGGUCAUAAUAUAGGCUGCUCCGUUCUUGCAGCGAAGGUUAUGGCUGAAGACUUUGGUCGGGAGAAGGUGACAGCAGUCAGUAUUUAAUUUGGAGUAUGUGUUACAGUGCGCGUUUGUGAACGACUCUUGCGCUGUUAUGAGCUCUGGAGACAGAAGACCUUGAACCUGCAACCAUGUCCCAUGCUCAGGUUGAGAUACCAGGACGCGUUUUCCCAGGUCUGUCUGUCAACAUGAGCGACGACUGUCUGUCCAGGGUGCCAUCCGUGCUCAGGACGCACGGCUUGGGCGCACGGAGAAACUCCUACGGGCUGCAGAAAAUCAGCAUGGACAUUGAUUCGUCUCUGUACAGCGGCGCUCUCUCCAAAACCCUCUCCUGGUCAGCUGAGAAUAUUCCAACACUCUGCGAGUCCAGAGCGGAGGAAGAAAAAGCCCAAGACUCACCGCAGUCUCCGUCGCCGGCUUCCAGUCCAGGUACCAGCUCCAACACGCCCCUCAGCAGCCAGGAGCCCGACGCCGGCUGUCUCCCAGAAAACUGGGAUCCCGUGGCGAGAUCGAGCGCCCACGAGGCCAGUUCAGAUUCUGAGAAUGACAAACCACAACACAAGAUCCUGUCUCGCUUCAAGAUUGAUACACAGUGGGAGCAGGAAGAGAAAGAAGACGUGGAGACCAAAGCCGUGGCAACCUCACCUGAUGGGAGAUAUCUGAAAUUCAACAUAGAGAUUGGAAGAGGGUCCUUCAAGACCGUCUAUAAAGGACUGGACACAGAGACGACAGUGGAGGUGGCAUGGUGUGAACUACAGACACGUAAGCUGACCAAGGCUGAGCGCCAGCGCUUCAGUGAGGAGGUGGAGAUGUUAAAAGGCCUGCAGCAUCCCAACAUCGUCCGCUUCCACGACUCCUGGAAGUCCACAGUGAAGGGCCAUAAGUGCAUCAUUCUGGUGACUGAACUCAUGACAUCAGGCACGCUAAAGACGUACUUGAAGAGGUUCAAGGAGAUGAAGCUGAAGCUGCUGCAGCGCUGGAGUCGUCAGAUCCUCAAAGGGCUUCACUUUCUGCACACACGCACACCACCCAUCAUUCACCGUGACCUCAAGUGUGACAACAUCUUCAUCACCGGCCCCACUGGCUCGGUGAAAAUAGGAGAUCUGGGCCUGGCCACUCUCAAAAGUGCCUCCUUUGCUAAAAGUGUCAUUGGAACACCAGAGUUCAUGGCACCGGAGAUGUACGAGGAGAAGUAUGAUGAAGCCGUGGACGUCUACGCCUUUGGAAUGUGUAUCCUAGAGAUGGCCACGUCUGAGUACCCAUACUCUGAGUGCCAAAACGCUGCCCAGAUCUAUCGCAAAGUCACCAGUGGAAUGAAACCUGACAGUUUCUACAAGGUGAAAGUACCUGAAUUGAAGGAGAUCAUUGAGGGCUGCAUCCGUAUGAACAAUGAUGAAAGGUACACCAUUCAAGAUCUCCUGGAUCACCCUUUCUUUCAUGAAAGCAAUGGCGUCCACGUGGAGUUGGCGGAGGAGGACGACACGGUGAAGCCUGGCCUGAAGCUGUGGCUGCGAAUGGACGACACCAAAAAGCUCCAUGGAAAAUACAAGGACAACAAUGCCAUUGAGUUCCUGUUCGAGCUCUACAAAGAUGUUCCUGAGGAGGUGGCCCAGGAGAUGGUUGUGCUGGGCUUUGUGUGCGAAGCAGACUUCAAGCUUGUGGCCAAGGCCAUACGGGACAGGGUGACCGUCAUCAAGCGCCAGAGGGAGAAGCUGAGGCGACAGGCAGAAGAGAGAAAGAAGAAGCAGGAGCAGCAAGCCAUUGAGGAGGAGCCAGAGCCUCUGCUGCCUUCACCUUUGGUCAGCCAUGUUGUCGCAGCUGAGUCCCCCACCCCGGCACUCACACCUCCGGCCACUAUCUUGUCCCCCGUCACCAGCUCUGCUGACUCUGGUGUGAGCUCCAACUACCCUGUGGAACCGGAGGAGCCAGAAGCAGAUCAACACUUCCACAUACGUCACAACAGCCUGUCAUCUGCUAACUCUGACUGCGAGACAGACGGCGAUCUGAGCUCCUCUGGGCUUCAGGACCCUCUGGAGGCCAACGGCCUGGAUGUAAACGGACUCCCUGUUCCUGCUCUGCGCUUCCCCUCGAGUAUUGCGGUAUCCAACAACAUAGAACAUGGCAACUCAGGGCCCGCCAGUGGCUUCAACUCCCCUGUGGACAGUUACGCCUCUGAUGUGACUUCUGGCUUGAGUGAUGGUUAUGAGGGUCUGACAGAGAAAGGGGAGAAGACGGCCGCAAGACGAACUGCCGCAAAGCUUUUCCGUAGGAGGGCGCGUUCGAGGCUGCGCAUCACAGGGCUCUCUGAUAAAGUGGACCGGGUGGUGGAGUGUCAGCUUCAGACCCACAAUGACAAGAUGGUGACCUUCAAGUUUGACCUGGAUGGAGACAAUCCUGAGGACAUUGCUGCAGUGAUGGUGCACAAUGAGUUCAUCCUGCCUUCAGAGAAAGAGGGCUUCAUCCACCGCAUGGGGGACAUCAUCAAACGAGCCAAGGCUCUGAUGUCCAAAGAGCAGCAGGUCCAUUCUGGUGGACAUCGAAUCCCACAGCCUGCCUUUCAUAACGGCAGUAACUCACUGUCGUCCUCACAGCCUAAUCUACACACUCACACAGUGCCUCGAACACACUCAUCCUCUCUGCCUGACUUCACUGUGGCUAACCAAAGUGUAGGGGUACGUGGCUCUCCCCCGUGCCCUAAUGGCGACAUCUUCAGUGCAGACAUGACUUCAUCUGGGCGACCUCUAGUGCGCUCACAGUCUUUCCACAACGCCCCAGGAUCUCCACUCCAUUAUCAACACCAUCAUAACCCAGCAUCCCUCCUGCCUCAUCAUCAGCACUACCACCUACCUUACAUUGGCCACACACACUUUCCAUUCCCAUACCCUGGCUCUCCAGGUUCUCCUAAACCACCAGGGGUCCACUCCCCUCUUACCCGUGUGGCCAGUAACCCCACGUUGCCUUUUGUUCCUUCUCCUACCCCGAGUUCCCCGAGUCCUCAGAAGGAGAGCCCAAGCCCCCUCAGCAGUGAGAACAUGACCCUGUCCCCACCUGCUCCACAGCCUCACAACAUGUGGCCUCCUCACACACAGCCCCUGUUUUCAUUGGCUAAUGUGAUUUCCAUGGCCAUGAGCAUGGCUCAGUCUUUUAUCCCUCCUAACGCCCAGGGGAUCCCCUCCUUUCCAGGCUUCCAUCCCCAACUACCCCCUCACAUGGCUCCACAGGCUGGUUACCCCUCUGUUUACCCACAACAGUACCAGACCACACCUGUAGACCUCCCUUACCCCACGGUUGGCAUCCCAACACAGAACAAUGUCUACCACAGCCCAGAACAUUCGUUUCAAAUGGACGGGUUCUCUUUCCCCCCGACCACUCACCUGAGCUGGGCCCAUCCUGCCUCCCCACCCUCCAUGCCCUCAACCCCUCCACUGAUCCCCCAGGAGCCUCUGCAGCAGGUUGGACUCUCCAGUCCUCCCAGUCUUUCCCAGGAGGACAGUUUCCACAGUUAUGUGGCUCCAUACUCGUCACAACCACACGUCUCCACUUCAGACUCCUUGUCAGAUCUUUCCCCUUCGACCCCAAAGAGCCCUGAAAGCACUUUAUCACCCUUCAGCACACAACCUUACGCUGCUGUACCAGAGGUCACCAGCAGUGGUCCCAAACCUAACAGCCCUUCUACAGAAUCUGACGUUCAGUCCGCACCAGUGACUGUGGGGCGUUUCCAGGUGACACCCAGCUUGGACAUCCCUGCUCCUGCUGGACCCCCAGGUGCUGAACCUCCUGCUCUGAGGUCUCAGCCUGAGGUCAGCAGUACGACUCCAUCAGAGAGCAGCACGGAGGAGCAGGGGGAGUCUGAGACCAGCCUUGGAACCUCCCUCACCAUGUCCCCCCCUCACCCCCAACACCACAGAGGGUCAGCUGGGCUUCUCCAAGAGGUGGACGCUCAUAUAGGAAGGCCUGUUGGCCAGGAGCAGCAGGAGCGACAGCAACAGGACAGAAGAGGAGAGGAAGAGGAGGAAAAUGAAGAGGAGGAUGGGGAGGACGAGGAGGAGGAAGAAGAAGGAGCAGCGAUUGUUGCGGAGAGACCGAGAACAAGGAGGAGGAGUCGAAGGAGAGCAUACAGCCUGAGCCUGAUGGGAACGUCCGUGGACAGUGGACUCUCAGUGACGGCGGCCGAGGUAGAGGGAAGGCUGUGGGAUGGAGCGGCGGGCAGCCCGCAGUACACCAACGCUCUCCAUCACUUGUGGAUGAUGACGUACAACAGCAGAAACACUCCUUAUCUGAGUAGUGACGAUUCAGACAGUGAUGAUGAAGAGAUGCUGGUGGAGCUGCAGGAACUCAGAGAGAAACACCUGACAGAGGUCCACAGCCUGCAGGCCGCUCAGAAGAAAGAGAUAGAAGAGCUCUAUGAGAAGAUGGGGAAGGUUCCUCCUCCAGGCAUCGUCUCUCCCGCUGCUAUGCUGUCCAGCCGGCAGCGGCGUCUCUCUAAGGGCAGUGGUUUCCCAUCAUCACGCAGGAACAGCCUGCAGCGUUUGGACAUUCUGCCACUCCAAGGGAUUAUUAGGAGAAAUUCCCUUGGAGGCAGCAGCAGUGGUUCCCAGGAUAAACCCAGCAAAGGUGUCACCUUUGCUGGUGAGAUUGGUAGAAUGUAAAAAAACAAACUCUCAGCCAAGCAUGCUGUACAUCUGGACUACCUCAUGUGAAGUGGGACUGCAGCGGUCAAACCGUUGUGAAGGACUUCCACACUUCACAUCUGCACAUCGAUCAACAGUAACAGCGCCCCCUCUGCUGCCAGUGGUCUUUUACCUCAGUAAAAACACACAUCAGCCACACUGCGAAGACUCAACAUUUUAUGUUUUGUAAUUUUUACUGCAGUUUAUGCACAGACCAAUCAACAAGUGACAACAUUCUUGUAAAUAUAAUAAAGAUUGUUUGGCAGUGACCAGACUCCCACACUGCCUCUCCAAAAGCCAUCAUCAUCAGUUUUUAGGCUAAAACUCUCAAUUGCCUUUAGAUUUUACUUAGAAAAAACCUUAUUUAAAUUUCAAUAUUUAAAGUAUUUUAAACCAUUCUAAUACAGUGCAAGACACAGCAUAUCUGAACAUACUACAUAGCUUAUGACAAAAUAAAAAGGCCACAUCAUCUGGGCUGCGAUGUUUCAGAAAUGCUGUUGCUAGAACAGUGGUUCCCAACUCAGGGGGGUGCUGCCCCCUGAGAGCAAAAGCAGUUGUAAGUGGGGGAAACACAAAGAUUUGACGUAGUACUUGUGAAUAUGUGGAUGUGGGAGAAGAGCCGAGGGGGUUAACAAUUUCACUAGUUAAAAGGGUGUGGGGGGGUGGGGGGGGAGGGGCCUGCAGAAAAAGUUUGGGAACCACUGUGCUAGAAUGACUUGAUUUGUAAUUAAGCAGUUUGAGGAACUGUUCUCAGCGGUAGCUUGUCUGAUUCAUUGUCAUUCAUCAGCAUAAGAACAAGGCAGAGCUGCAUUGAUGGAUUCAUACACUCGUCUGCUGUAGUAUGUCUCUGUACUUUUUCACAGCAUCAUUCACAGCCUUCCUGGGGCCUGACAGUUUAUAUGGACAUGUAUCAUAAAUAUGUCCUGUGAGGAGAUCGAUCAUCUCAGAUCAAAUAUAAAGGAGCAGUGGCUGAUGGGAGGAAGAUGAUAUGUGAUUAAGAAAUGCAGUACAGGAGCUGUGGAUUCCUGUGUAUUUUUUCCAAGCUUGUGAAAAAAAGUAAGCAGAGCUAAUUUUCAGAUAGCAUUGACUUUAUGCUUCUAAGUUUUAAAAACGACACCUUAGGUUUUAGACUACUGGCUCGUGCAUGUGUAUAUAUUAGAACCUUUAUGGACUCUGUUUACACCUUCAGGGUAAACACUCAGCAACUUUAGAUCUCGCUCAAGCAAAAAUUAUAUUUCUUGCUUUUUUUGGUGAGUUCAGCACCUUGUGCACUUUAGUAAAAUUUUAUUUCUCUCAUUUCACACUUUUGUGGCAAAAAACUGUGCUCACACCAGGAAGAUGUGAGUUUUCUGCAGUUGACAUCUUAUUGGAAUGUUUGAAACUGGAUCACAGUGAAGACGAUGUGCUUGAAAAUCAGUCCCAACUGUGAAUCUGUUUGUGUUGCCUUGUGAAAAAUAUUCCCAGCACACUGAAUUUUCCUGACGUUGAGAACUCCUGUUCAGAUUCAUAAUAUAUUCACAGAUGUUUCUAAAAAAUUUGAAUGUAAAUAUAUAAAUGUAUUGCUUUUCUGAAGUUGCUGUCCUGCCAUGCUGAAUCUGUGCCUUUCACUUUACAAUGGUCUUAUUUUAUAUUUUUACCGCAGACUUAGAGGCUAGAUCAGACUCUGUAUCGACCGUUGACCAAAAUAAAUGCAACUGUAAAUA